GGGAGAGUGGAUAUAGUGAAUGCGGGAUCCGGGGAAGACCAGAUAUAGUGAAUGCGGGGUCCGGGGAGAGCGGAUAUAGUGAAUGCAGGGUCUGGGGGGACCAGAUAUAGUGAAUGCGGGGUCCGGGGAGAGCAGAUAUAUAGUGAAUGCGGGAGCGGAUAUAGUGAAUGCGGGGUCCCGGGUCCGGGGAGAGCGGAUAUAGUGAAUGCGGGGUCCGGGGAGAGCGGAUAUAGUGAAUGCAGGGUCCGGGGAGACCAGAUAGUGACACUGUAAUACUUGUGGG